AUGUGUUACUAUGGCGGAUACUAUGGAGGCCUGGGCUAUGGCUAUGGUGGCCUAGGCUAUGGCUAUGGUUGUGGUUAUGGCUGUGGCUAUGGUGGCUAUGGUGGCUAUGGCUAUGGCUAUUGCCGCCCACUGUGCUGCAGAAGGUACUGGUCCUGUGGCUUCUACUGA